AUUUCUGCACUGUUCAGAAAGGUCCAAUAAGUCUGGAAAUACUCGGGGUGCACAGUAGGAGCCAUUUCUUCUUUAAACUUUGCCACGAGGUAAUCAAGAAGCUGCUCAGAGUUCAGCCCUCUCUUCAUGCCAUGAGCUGGAAAAUAAAGGAAUGUGCCAGGAAUCCUCGUAUGAGAAGAUGCCGGUUUUUUUGCUAUUUAAUAAUACACUUACCACUGCAGUAAGUGCCAUGUCGGAGAUAUUUAUACCCCCACCCUCCACAUUGGCUUUUACUUCCCCCAGAAUCAAUAAAAUGAAAACAGAAGGAGAGGUUUUGCUCAUCUUAUUUACAAAAGUAGCUUUUAGUGGGUUGUUGGAGGUGUUUGUGAUUUCAUGCUGAAGCUUGUCUGAAUGCCUUUUUGUCUCCUUUUUUCGCAUGUCAGAUGUGAGGGAUUAUGGCUGUGUUUGGAAUGUGGCCUAGAGGUGAAAGUCUCUGAGCAGCCACAGCCAGAUUUGUGUUGGAGCAAGAGCAGUCUUGCGAGACUGAACUUGUGCUGGUGUGCAGAAAUUGCACUGUUCGUCCUGCGCAGAGUUGAUUCCAUGAGAAUUCAGCACUUUCAAGCCGGAAAAGCUGCGUACCCAGUCUUGGCCUUUUUGAAUGGGAGGUUUGGAGGCGGAGAGGAGGGUUGGAAAAUACGACAGGCCAAGCCCAGAGAGGCAAAGCUAGUAGACGGAAAGGAGAAGCGGAAGAGGGAGGAACACAGACACAGCCCGCGGCGAAGGAGGAGAACAGCCGAGUAGGGACUCGGCAGGUGGUGUCACCUGAGCGGCACAGGUGGGCUGGUAAAAAGUGGGAGGAGGUUGGAAGAGGCAGGAAUGAGGACAGACCGGUUUCCUGCACUUCUGCAGGACUGUUCUAAGCUUAGGUUCUCUAUAUCAGAUUUUGAUUCGGCCUCAAUUAAGAGAACACCAUGGAUUAAGGACUUUAACACCACUACUGUCGUGGGCUGCAUACCUGAAAAGGAAUACCAUAAUGGAGAGACCACAACAGAAUGCCCUGUGGUGGUCCUGCGAAGGUCUAACCCUGGGGUAAAACACGUUGGUAGCAGCAGGAAGACGGUGAGCAUGUAUGGCUCCCUGGAUGAGCCCCAAAAACAACGAAUUACGACGGUGGGUCAUGAGCAUAGGUCACAGAGACCUCACAGUGUAUGCAUGCUGGCUGCCUCUCAGUCGAGCAGUGUGCUUGAAACCAAUUCCUCCUCAGCUAAAACGGGUAACUUCAACCGUUUUCAACAGCGUACAUGUAGGAGAACAACUGAUGGCCUCAAGCAAGACAUGCCUCCCUCUUUCCGGCUGCCCCCGUAUCCGCAACAGGAGGUCCUACCGCGCCGAACCCUGCAGACAACUGGAAGACCUCGGCCCGUUAGCAUGACCGUUCUAGAGCUGAAGGAGGCUAGUAGAUCACAAGACGAACUGGCCAACCGCACUUCCAGCGACGCUGCAAGCCUGCCUCGCUCUGGCUUUCGAUGGAGGCUCUUUGGCCGACAGGCACAGGAUAAGGAGACGGCAGCCAUUUCAGUACCUACCAGCAGCAAACCAGAUAGGCCAAAGAAGAGGUUUAGCUCUCUGCGAAGGAGCCUAAGCCUCAGGCUCAAGCGGAAUUGUAAUCAACCAGAGCAAGGUGCUGUACGAGAAAGAACAUGGACGACAAGUGUGAGAGAAGAUGUGACACGGUCCAGCCAGCCAUUCUCUUAUCUGACUGGCAGGACGUUGUCUCCUGCUUAUGAGCACAGUCAGGACCAGAGAGGAAAGCAGUUAAUAGAGUUCCAAACUAGAGGGAAAGUCUCGGUCAUCGAGGUCCCCUUAGCCCCACCGAAACUCACCAAGCCCCUCAAACCGACGUCUUCAGAGCCGAAUUUUUGGCAGCUCAUCACUAGUCGCUUUAAGAGAAAAGGCAACAAAUCUGAAGCCUGUGCUGAAAGCAAACUACCUGGCACCGAUCCCCCAGCCUGGAAUAAAAAGCCAGUUACCAUAGAGACAUUAAAGGGCAUUGAUUUCAGCAAAGGUCAAGAUUCCUUUGUCAACAGUCAGGAGUGGACAUUGAGUAGAUCAGUACCAGAGCUCAAAGUGGGCAUUGUGGGUAACCUCUCCAGCGGGAAGUCGGCCCUCGUGCACCGGUACCUGACAGGAACAUAUGUCCAGGAGGAGUCUCCGGAGGGAGGAAGGUUUAAAAAGGAGAUUGUGGUGGAUGGACAGAGCUACCUGCUGCUAAUCCGAGACGAAGGAGGACCUCCUGAGCUUCAGUUUGCCGCCUGGGUGGACGCCGUGGUGUUCGUCUUCAGCCUGGAGGACGAGAUCAGUUUCCAGACUGUCUAUAACUACUUUCUGCGCCUGUCCAGCUACAGGAACACGGCUGAGGUGCCCAUGGUGCUGGUGGGCACGCAGGAUGCCAUCAGUGCCACCAACCCGCGAGUAAUCGAUGACGCUCGUGCCCGCAAGCUCUCCAACGACUUGAAGCGCUCCACCUACUACGAGACCUGCUCCACGUAUGGCCUCAAUGUGGAGAGAGUCUUCCAGGAUGUCGCUCAGAAGGUGGUGGCACUGAGGAAGAAGCAGCAGUUGGCCAUCGGGCCGUGCAAAUCUCUGCCAAACUCGCCUAGCCACACGUCCGUCCCCUCCGCGGCCAUUCCCUCCGUACACCUCAACCAGGCUGCUAACGGAGGGGGCGCGCCAUUCAGUGACUACUCCUCCUCAGUGCCCUCCACCCCCAGCAUGGGGCAGCGGGAGAUGCGCAUCGAGACCAUCGCUGCCUCAAACACGCCCACGCCCAUACGCAAGCAGUCCAAACGCCGCUCCAACAUCUUCACAUCGCGGAAAGCCAGUGAGCAGGCAAAGAGCGCCGAGUGUAAAACAGACAGCAUAGGCAGUGGGAGGGCCAUUCCCAUCAAACAGGGCAUUCUGCUAAAGAGGAGCGGAAAAUCACUGAAUAAAGAGUGGAAAAAGAAGUACGUGACGUUGUGCGACAACGGCGUCCUCACUUAUCAUCCCAGCUUACACGAUUACAUGCAGAACGUUCAUGGGAAAGAGAUCGAUUUGCUCCGGACGACGGUCAAAGUGCCGGGGAAACGGCCGCCUCGGGCGGUGGCUACGGUAGCGCCGACUGCUAGCCCCAAAAGCAACGGUUUAACCAAGGACAGGAGCACGCUCCAGCUGGGCAUCGGAGCCACAGGCGCUUCUCACUCCAACAGUAGUACCUCUCUGCAGUCUGGAGGCGUGGCCUCAGGACUGGGUGUGGUCUCUGUGGGCGGGGCUAAAGAGGGAAUGCAUCAACGCUCUUUCUCUGUGUCUAGUGCUGAGCAGUGGAAUGAAGCAGUUAACACGAGCAGUACCUCAGCCAAUGGGACGCUGGAUUCUCUCAGUGCCGCCGCUGGCCUAGGCGGACCCACCAGUCCCAAACUGGAACCACCUCCUUCGCCGCAUGCCAACCGCAAAAAGCACAGAAGGAAAAAGAGUACGGGCAUCACCAAACCUGAUGGGCUGUCGGCAGGGAAUGAAGAGCAAGAAGAGUCGUUUGAGUUCAUCAUUGUGUCACUGACUGGACAGAUGUGGCAUUUUGAGGCGUCAACGUAUGAGGAGAGAGAGCUCUGGGUCCAAGCCAUCGAGAGUCAGAUAUUUGCCAGUUUACAGUCUUGUGAAAGUAGCAAGAAUAAGUCACGCUUAGGGAGCCAGAGUGAUGCCAUGACCAUCCAGUCCAUCAGGAACGUGAGAGGGAACAGUUUCUGUGUGGACUGCGACUCCCCCAAUCCAGACUGGGCGAGUUUGAACCUCGGCGCUCUGAUCUGUAUCGAGUGCUCGGGGAUCCAUCGGCACUUGGGCACUCACCUGUCACGUGUGCGCUCGCUGGACCUGGACGACUGGCCUGUGGAGCUCAGCAUGGUGAUGACGGCCAUCGGAAACGCUAUGGCCAACAGCGUGUGGGAGGGAGCGCUGGAGGGAUAUACCAAACCCGGAGCUGAUAGCAGCAGGGAGGAGAAGGAACGCUGGAUCAGGGCGAAGUACGAGCAGAAGCUGUUCCUUGUGGGCCUGCCGCAGUCGGACGUGCCCCUGGGGCAGCAGCUCCUGCGGGCCGUGGUGGAGGACGACUUGAGGAUGGUGGUGCUGCUGCUGGCUCACGGCACGAAGGAUGAGGUGAACGAGACUUACGGCGACGGGGACGGCCGCACAGCGCUGCACCUCUCCUGCGCCAUGGCCAAUGUGGUCAUCACACAGCUGCUAAUCUGGUAUGGUGUGGAUGUGAAGAGUCGCGACGCCCGCGGUCAGACGCCACUGUUCUUUGCCCGGCGAGCAGGAAGUCAGGAAUGCGUCGACAUCCUCGUCCAACACGGCUGCCCUUCGGAUUCCGGUGGCACGUCACCACCGACCGCUGUGCGGCACAACCCCAACGCCAACAACAACAACGGACAGUGCGAGAUCAACCGAAGCAUUAGCAUCAUGUAG